UCUUUAGCGCAUUCAGAUUUCCACUGAAGUGCUGUUGCAAACACGAACCCAAUAACGGUUCCAAUAGUGAAAAUCACUGCUGCGAACCGGCUAAAGGAUUUUUUUGAGGUGAAUUUUUUGAAAAAAUUGGACUUGUAUCGUAGACAACAGAGGGAAUAAAGUGCACCGACUUUUGGACCGAAAAUUUUGGAUUAAACAUUUUAUUUGUGGAUUUUUUUAGCAGGACAAACAUAAUUAUAACACAUAAUGAAUAUUCAGCUGAAAUAUGUGCUGUUGCUCGUAACGUUUGCCAUGGCCGAGAAACAAAUCAAACUCGAAGAUAUCGAACGAGACAAUUUGUUAAGCGAACGACGGGUAAAUAGAGAACAGUCAAUAUUUAAUAUUGGACAGUCUCAACGCUUGAGUGCUCCAAUUCGUGUAGGACCUCAAUACGAGGCUUCGUCCGAGAAAUCGGAUAAUGAUCUGGGCGAGGAUAUUGUUUAUGCACAACCUUCAGCCGCCGCCGAUAGUGCUGAACAAUAUGGCAAACCAGAACAAAAGACGUCGAUUCAAUAUGUGACGCCGCAACAACAAGAUUACGAGGCAAAACCAACUACAGUCUCGUUCGUGCAUCCAGUCCAUGAAGCGACACAUACAUAUUCGUCACCAGCUCGGGAAUCGCUUGUGAACCCGAUUGUUUUCAAACCAGCAGCAUCGCAAUCGCCAUAUCUAUCGCAACAACCGAAAUUCGUUUAUGUUCAAGCUGGUCCACAGCAACUCACACAAAGUGGUGUCGUUACAUACGGCCAACCGCAACAUUCCGCCGAAAAUGUGGUGCAAACACAACAGAAAAAUGCACAAGAUGAUAUUAGCUACCCGGCCAUUGAACAAAAUCAAAUUGCAGAGAGCUCACAGCAAGCGGUUCAUGCACCAUCGCGUCAAGAGAACUAUGCAUCACGCGCACUUCAAUAUUUCCCAUAUUUGACACAAACUCCGUCCCUUCCGAAUUAUGUAAUGCUAUUCAGAAAUCCGACUCAUACGCAAGCUUAUGCCAUUCCAUCGAUUCAAUAUGCCCAACCAGCAUCAAUUCAAUAUGCAGCUGAUCAAACGGCACCCACACAACAUUUGACCGCUCCACAGCAACAAAGUGAGAUCCAUUUGGGCAACGCUCAGCCGACCUUAGCCGCCACAUUCGUCAAUCCAACAAUCGAUGGAACUGCCAUACUACCAGCACCAGAAUCAACAGCCAUUCCAUCGGCAACACUUCAAUAUGCAACCAUACCACAAUUGCAAUUGGCCCCUCAACCGCUUCACUUGCAUCCAGUCGCACCUCAAUCACUUCAUCUGCAGCCUGAAUUUAUUGCACCACCUCAAGUGCCCAAUCCGCAUCAAUACUAUUCAUCAUCAUCACAUUUGCCAUCGCCCGUUGACAUUUACCAUUCGCUGCAAAAGCAUCACCCAUCCAGUUUGCUUGAUUCCUACAUUCCAAGUUCACUGGUCUGGGCGCAACGGCAACGGGCAUUGAUAAAUCGACAACUUUUGCACGCGGUUUCCGGUAAUUUUGCAUCGCCAACAUUGACUCAUCCAACGCAAUUCUUCCAACAUGGCUCACAUCAACCCGGUUACAAUACCAUCGCCUAUUCAACGGCACAAGGCUACUCAAAGCGAUCACCGAAACUCGUUACGGAACGCCCGCUAAAGCUUAAACCGAGAAACUAGACGAUUCAUAGCAUUUUCGAAGGAAGCAUUCAAUGCAUGUAAUAAAACACAAACCUUUGAUGUCAUUGUAUUUAUAUUUGAAGAAUGUUUGCCCAUUGUUUGCUAUUUACGCCGACUCAUUCGAUUUUGGGCGAUGUAAUGGUGAACACUUUUGAAUGGCAACUUUUGUUCUGUUUUUAGAGAAUUUCAACGCAAAAUACACAUAUCCAGCAUAUCGUACGGUUCAAUGACACAAUAAAAAAGGGUAAAAUGGCUUAAUGACGCAUUUAGUUUGUAACGCAUUUAAUUUAAAACCAUUCCAUUCCGAAAGUAUCAUGUAUAGUGCCACUAGUCUUAGGUGAAAUAUAAUUUCAAGCAGAUUUAUUAUUAUUAUUGAUAAUAAUGGAAAAUAAAAAUACAAAAAAAAAA